UGGACCACUCCAGCUCAGCAGUCUACAUUUCGCGCUCGAAUCGUGAGCAGCUUCAAUCGCGAAUCGCGAGUAACCUCGACCGAGAAGUAGUGACCAUCAACAGCCAAUAUAGUUUACCGGUGUGGUAGAUGAGAAGGAUUCAUUAACCACAUUGUUUCACAGUACCGAUCCGAUUGAGAGGCAAUAUACAUCGUCUGGAGCCAUGCUGCACCUGGUUAGCAUUACCAUCAGCUAGGCCAUCGCAUUCCACUAAACCUCCCUUCUGACUGAACUGAGAAAGUCCAAGCUCAACCAAAGCAAUCAAGAUGACCGUAGUGAAAGCGGCGCCGACCAGCGGCGGCUUGAAGCGGGAGAUGGGCUUGAUGUCCGCCAUUAAUGUCAUCAUCAGCGUUAUGAUCGGUUCCGGAAUAUUCGUCUCACCGACGGCUGCUCUCAAGUACUCCGGAAGCGUAGGAUUUUGCCUGGUUGUGUGGGCAGUUUGCGGAAUAAUAUCCCUGCUAGGAGCACUCUGCUUUGCAGAACUGGGAACCGUCGUACCACGAUCGGGAGCUGAGUACGCAUACCUCAUCGAAGCCUUCAAAAAGACCAACAAAUUCUGGGGACCGUUACCCUCCUUCAUAUGUGCCUGGGUCUACGUUGUAGUGCUACGACCUGCAGAAAUUGCUGUGAUAAUUCUCACAUUCGCCGAAUACUCAAUUCUACCUUUCAGUAAUUUACUCGGGUUGAAGAGCCUCCCUGAAGAGGAUCUGCAUAAUCUUAUCAAACUGAUAGCCCUAUUAGGAUUAGGUGUUAUCACUUAUAUUAAUCUAAGCAGCGUAAAGUUAUACGUUACGAUCAACAAUAUUUUUGGAUUUUGCAAAGUAUUUGCAUGCCUUAUAGUUAUUUUUGGUGGUAUCUACCAGCUAGCAAUAGGCAAUACGGAGAACUUGUCCAGGGGAUUUGCUGGAACAAACUUCAGCCCUGGGCACAUCGCAUUGGCCUUCUACAACGGUCUUUGGGCGUACGAUGGAUGGUCUAGCGUCACCACGAUCACCGAGGAAAUCAAGCGACCUGAAGUUAAUAUUCCACGAUCCAUCAUAAUUGCCGUACCGAUCAUCACCGGGCUGUAUGUGUUCAUGAACAUGGCCUACAUGACAGUGCUUUCCCCGGAGGAAAUGAUCCAAUCGGAAGCCGUUGGACUGGACUUUGGCGAUCGUGUGCUUGGAUCGUUCUCAUUUCUCAUUCCACUAGGAGUAGCAUUGUCUACUUUUGGUUGCGCCCUGAGCAUCCAAUUUGGCGUAACUCGCCUCUGCUACGUGGCCAGCCAGGAAGGUCAAAUGCUGGAACCUCUUUCGUACAUCCACGUGCGCCGUGCGACACCAACUCCAGCAGUGGCAAUGCAGGGUAUUCUAGCGUUCGCCUUCAUAUUGGUGGGCAACAUAGAGGAACUGAUCGAACUUGCGUCGUUCCUCAUUUGGUUCUUUUACGGAUCAGCGUUCAUCGCAUUGCUGACCUUACGCAAAACGCAACCUGACACACCCAGACCCUACAAAGUGCCAUUAUUCGUGCCAAUCUUCGCGCUCGGAGUAUCCAUAUUCUUAUCAGUGGUGCCAAUCAUCGCCGAACCGUCGCCUAAGUAUUUCUUCGCCGUUGCGUUCAUCUUGAGUGGCGUGGCUGUCUACACGCCGUUCGUUUACUACAAAAUUAGGCCCAAGUGGAUGAAUAAACUCACCUAUCUCAUCCAGGUGUUAUUUGAGGCCGUGCCCACCGCGGAGAAAUUUGAAUAACAUCUAUUGCUGCGCAUUUUUAUAAGCUUUUAUAAUAAAAGACAUAAAUUUUA